AUGGUGAAGAGCUUGGAGCGAGAGAACAUCCGGAAGAUGCAGAGUGUCAUGUUCUGGUGCAGUGCCAGCUGCUGUGAGGACACCCAGGCAACCAUGCAACAGGUGCACCAGUGCAUUGAGCGCUGCCAUGCACCGCUGGCCCAAGCCCAGGCCCUGGUGACAGGGGCGCUGGAGAAGUUCCAGGACCGCCUGGCCCGGUGCACCGUGCAUUGCAACGACAAAGCCCGAGAUUCAGUGGAUGCAGGGAGUAAAGAGCUUCAGGUGAAACGACAGCUGGAGAGUUGUGUGACCAAGUGUGUGGAUGACCACAUGCAUCUCAUCCCAACCAUGACCUAAAAGAUGAAAGAGUCUCUCUCAUC